CGAGAAGGAAGGAUAUGAUAAAUUGUGGCCGAUGAAGAAAAGAGCACGAGCACGAGUACGAGCAGGAGCACGAGCAAGAAGAGCAAGCGGCUUCGUCGAGGAAGGCGGGAAGAGGCGACGACGAGGCGGCACAAGCAAUACCGAUAAAAAGAUCAACACUAGAUCUGAUGUUAGCGGACAUUAACGGUAACUUGGCGGAUCUGAGAAGCGAAGCGAUGGCGUCGCAGAGGUUUUGUCUGCGUUGGAAUAAUCAUCAAAGUAAUCUACUCUCCGUUUUCGACCAACUACUCCAUGACGAGUCGGUCGUCGACGUUACACUGGCCGUCGAGGGCCAGCUACUCAGGGCACAUAAGAUGGUGCUGUCGGCGUGUAGCCCUUACUUUCAGGUAAGGGUACUACCCCCUCCAUAACAUCGAUAUAUAUAUAACAAUACACAAUAUUAAA